CAUAAAAUUUUAAAGUAGGUUAGAAGUGAAUCUAAAACAGUAAUUUUUCCAUUUUUCCGAGUUUUCCAUUAUUAUAAAAGUUGUAUUUACAAUUACAAUGCUAUUAUCAUUACGAAACGAUCACAAGGAACAUCUAAGUUUAUUGUUUAAUCAAUCUGUUCAAGUUUUAGUCGACUUUUGUAAAUUAGCCAUUGAUUUUUUACAAAAUGGUCCUAAUCUAAAACUGUACAACAGCGCAGCUCAAAAAUUGCAAGUGGAAGCGGAGAACGUUCAAAACUGCAUUUAUGGCUUAGUGAACCUAUUGCUCGAAAGUUGCAAGCACAAGCUGAGUGAUGCAGACUUUCGUGACUCCAUUCUCACCAUCGGUUUCACUCAAGAACAGCAAGUUAUUUUAAGCAAACUCUACUCAUCUAAAAGAAAAGAUAUAACAGAAAUAUUGUCAAAGCUAACUGUCACAGGACCGCAUUACCACGAUUUAAAUUGGAGAUUCGAAGUGCUGGUGGCGUCCCGUUCGUUAUUACAUCAAGUCACACCGAUAAUAACAAUGGAUCUCGUGUUAACCGACCCUGAGAAUUCCAGUGAAAAGGAACCUGCACAAAAGCAUUUACUUCUACAAACUGACCCAUCAAAUCUGUUACAUAUUACCGAGAUGUUAGAGAAGGCAUUAAUCGAGUCUCGAAGUCGACAUUCCCGUAGAAUACAGCAUGCAUUUAGUAACUGAUGAAUUUAUUUUUUGCCUUACGUUCAUAUCGCAGUAGUUAGUGCAUUGUACCGUAUAUAUAUUAAAUAUGGUAGAUGUUUG